GUGAAGCUAACACCACCGGGAUGUCUACAGCCUCUAAAGUGGUUCUGGGAGUUUCUGUGGUUCUGACUCUGAGCACUGUGGCUGCCGUCCAUCUCAAACAGUCCUGGGACCGACAGCGUCUCCACGAAGGUGUCGUUCGAGAUCUGGAGCGUUUCGAGAGGAAGAAGGAGAACCUGAGGCUGCUGGAGGAGCAGAGGGUUCUGACCCGACAGCUGGAGGAGGAGAGGCGGCGCAGGGAGACACAGCUCCGCCCACAGGACACCUGAGACGGGUGUGCUCCUGUACCUGAGGCGCAGGGAUGGACAGUAGCAGUGAGCAGCUGGUCGGGGGGGAGGACGAGGCGGCCUGUACGUCGGCGUCAGAGGGUCUGGAGGAGGGGGAGGUGGAGGGGGAGACGCUGCUGAUCGUGGAGUCGGAGGACCAGGGCUCCGUGGACCUGUCACAUGACCAGAGCGGCGACUCGCUGACCAGCGACGUGGGCGAGGAGGCCGACGGAGGCUGGGCCUGCGAGGACAUGUCCUUCUACUGCGACCGCUGCCACAAGUGGAUCC